AUGUCGACGUGUCAAAUGAUGAGCGCGUCGAUGUCGUUCACGUCGUCGAGUAGCCUAAAAAAGAGACCAAUAAAGAGGACGACGUAUACGAAAACGAACGGAAAACGACAAGGAAGACGCGGUGUCGUUGUUUUCAACGCUUCAAAUGGUGCAGGUGGUGGCAUGUUUGAAUCGUUCGACGGCGAAUCCGUCACUCUCGUGAAAGAGGCGAUGGACAACGCGAAAAAAUUCAACAGCGGUAAAGUGAACACGGAACAUCUGUUGUACGCGUGCACGAAGAAGCGAAAUUCGACGACGAAAGCGUUACAUAAAUCCGGCGCGACGGAAGAUGCGGUGAAGAAAGCGUUGUGCGAUCGCGCGGGCGUGACGGACGUGGACCUCGUCAAUCCGUUUAGCGGGUUGAACCAGAAGAAGAAAGCGGACGGGUUGGUACCGUUAGGAGACGAUUUGAAAAAGUUAUUCGAACGAGUCGCGGGUAAAAACGAGGUGACGAUGAAAGAGUUGGUGCUUGGGAUGGUGGCGGACGAUCAGUGCACCGCUUACGACGUGUUGACGGAUCCGAAGUACGAGAUUGAAGUUGACGUGCCUUUAUUGAGAGAUUUCGUAAACGGCGUCGGCGACGAGAAAGAGUUAGUCGGAGCUGGUGGGAAAAAGAUCGAUAAGAAGAAAGUGAAGAAUAUAUUGGCGCAGUGUUCGGUGGAUUUGACCGCGAUGGCGAGGAAAGGCGAGUUGGACCCGGUGUUUGGGAGAGACGAGGAGACGAAGAGGGCGGUGAGAAUUUUAGUGAGAAGACGGAAAUCCAAUCCGUGUUUGAUUGGCGAUCCAGGGGUAGGGAAGACGGCUAUCGCGGAAGGGUUAGCGAGUUUGAUCGCAGCAGAUAGCGAUAUCGUCCCGAGAAGAUUGAAGAAUAAACGAGUCUUGUCCUUGAACGUCGGUUUGUUGCUCGCGGAUACGAAAUACAGAGGCGAUUUCGAAGAGCGCUUGCGCUCGGUGUUGGAAGAAGUAAAAUCAGCCGGCGAUAUUAUUUUAUUCAUCGAUGAAAUACACACGAUUGUAGGUGCCGGAGGUACCGGCGAUGAUGGCGGUUUAGAUGCCGGUAACCUCAUGAAACCAGCUUUAGCGCGAGGUGAGAUCCAAGUCGUCGGCGCGACCACCGUGGACGAGUAUCGAAAAUACAUCGAAAAGGACGCGGCGUUGGAGAGAAGAUUUCAACCGGUGCGAGUGGACGAGCCGUCGCCGGAAAACACCUUAAAAAUAUUAGCUGGUCUGAAAGAAACGUACGAGAAGCACCACGAUGUGUUUUUUUCGGACGACGCGAUUCAAGCAUCCGUGGCGUUGUCCAGUCGGUACAUCACCGAUCGAUUUUUACCGGAUAAAGCCAUCGAUGUUUUAGACGAAGCCGGAGCGUUGGUUCAACUGAGAGAUAAAAAGGCGGGCGAUGGUGAGCAAGUGCUUCGAGUGUCUGUGUUGGACAUUCAAGAAGUCGUUUCGGAAUGGACCGGUAUUCCCGUGAAACAGUUAUCCGUGGAAGAAUCGAAGAAUUUACUCGGUUUGGAACAAGAGUUGACGAAACGAGUAAUUGGUCAAAACGAAGCCGUCGUUUCCGUCGCUCGUGCCGUUCGAAGAGCUCGAUCCGGUUUAGCCGACGCGAGCAAACCUGUCGCCUCGGUUAUUUUUGCCGGACCAACCGGUGUGGGUAAAACGGAACUCUCCAAGGCGUUAGCGACGGUGUAUUUCGGCGCCGAGAAAAAUCUCGUCCGCAUCGACAUGUCUGAAUACAUGGAAGCCGUGAGUACGUCGCGAUUAAUCGGGGCGCCGCCUGGGUACGUUGGAUAUAACGAAGGUGGUCAACUCACCGAAGCCGUUCGACGCAACCCGCACUCGUUAAUCUUGCUCGACGAAAUUGAGAAAGCGCAUCCGGACGUCUUCAAUGCGUUGCUUCAAGUUUUAGAAGAUGGUCGAUUAACAGAUGGCAAAGGCCGGACUGUUGAUUUUACCAACGCCAUGCUCGUUAUGACGACCAACAUAGCUUCGCGAGAAAUAUUAGAAAACUUUGCUGGCGCGAAAACACCGCAAGCGAAAAUAGAUGCCUACGAACGCGUGAAAAAACUCGCGCGCAAAAACCUCGGCAAGCGCUUUCGACCGGAAUUUCUCAAUCGCUUGGACGAAAUCGUCGUGUUCAGACCGCUCGGUGAACUCGAAGUCGCGCAAAUCGCCGAAAACAUGCUCGAAUCGGUCGCUUCUAGAUGUGCAAAGAAAGGCGUCGUCAUCACGUGCACGGACGCCUUCAAAAAAGCCUUACUUUGCAACGGCUUCUCGCCGAAAUACGGCGCCCGACCGAUGCGCAGAGCAGUCCAAGCGAUGGUUGAAAACCAACUCUCCGAGUGUCUCUUGAGCGGCUUCGCCAACGACGGCGACUCCAUUCAGCUCGACUUUGACGACACUCGCGACGAAAUCAUCGCGGCGAAUAAAACCGAAAAGAAAACGUUUCCUUUGGAGCAGUUUGGCGGCAUCGAAGACGGUUUCGACGACGACGACGAUUCAGACGACGACGCCUACGAAGAAGAAGUUAAAGAAGAAGAAGCCGCAAAGCGAGCGAACGGAAGCGGCAACAGAAACAAAGAAUUCUCCGAAGAGUUCCCGACGCCUGCUUUUCCCUAG